UGAAGAUUUGUGGGCAUUUUCCAACAAGAUUCAACACCUUCUUGAAAACGUGCACACCGAAGAUGGCAGCGAGGCGGCUGGCGACGGUGGUGGCACAAGGGUUGGUGUCGCGUGCAAGCCAUGCAAGCAGAACAGGGUCAAUGGCGGCGGCAACAGCAGCAACAGGCAUGCCUGCGCUUGCUCCUACUACUACCCAAAUCUUGGCGCAACACAGCAUGAGCAUUUGGUCCAAGAUCUUGAAACCAAGCCAGGAGGAAGAGAAGAAGGAGAAGACACAGGAUGCGGUGGCUGAGCCCCAAGACGUGCAACCUGCCGGAGAAGCCUUCAAGGGUGUGGAAACAAAGGCGGUGCCCGAGUCUGUGGAUGUGUUUGUAAAGGAGCGACUAGCAUCCCUGAGGUCAAGUGCUGGCUCUUCAAUCAGCGACAAGACAAGGCUGUCAUCGCUGCGCGAAAAGUACUUGCUGCUUGCAGAGUGCGAGGAAGCAUUCAACCAGCAUGUGGACAUGAACAUGGUGUCCAAGCUUGACACAGUUCAGCACGUUGUCAAGUACUUUGAGAAGAAGCUGAACGCGGAGCCGCGGGAGUUUGGAUGGCGCCUCCGCAGAGCCGAGCCGCUGCCACAAAACGUCGUCGUCUCAGACCCAGACAUUGCCCACACACAGUGACUCUGGCAAAGUGUGGACAUGUGUGUAUUGUGUGUGUGUGUGUGUGUGUGUGUG